CCGCGGCAAGGCGUGAUGGGGACGGCCAAUGGGCGGGCGAGGCGGGUCUGGAGCGCGGUCGGCGGAGGGAAGAUGGCGGCGGCGGCGGGCCGGUGGCGGGCUGGGCUGGCGCUGCUGGCGGUGGCCUUGGGGUUGGGCGGGCCGCGGGCUGAGCAGACGGAGGAGCACCUGAAGCGGGAACAUUCGCUCUCCAAGCCGUACCAGGGUGUGGGCUCGGCCAGCUCGGGGCUGUGGGACCUGCUGGGUAACGCCAUGGUGAUGACCCAAUACAUUCGCCUCACCCCCGACGUGCAGAGCAAGCAGGGAGCCGUUUGGAACCGAGUGCCGUGUUACCUCCGAGACUGGGAGAUGCAGGUGCAUUUUAAAAUCCACGGGCAAGGCAAGAAAAACCUGAAUGGGGACGGCUUUGCCAUCUGGUACACCAAAGAUCGCAUGCAGCCAGGACCUGUCUUUGGAAGCAAGGAUAACUUCCUGGGCCUGGGAGUGUUUGUGGACACCUAUCCGAAUGAGGAGAAGCAGCAGGAGGCUCAGAAGAGGAGGUACAGCCCGGGAAAUCAGCGCGUCUUCCCCUACAUCUCGGCCAUGGUGAACAACGGCUCUCUCACCUACGACCACGACCGGGACGGGCGACCGACGGAGCUGGGGGGCUGCACGGCCAUGGUGCGCAACCUCAACCACGACACCUUCUUGGUGAUCCGUUACGUGAAGAGGAGACUGACGGUGUUGAUCGAUAUCGACGGUAAGCACGAGUGGAGAGACUGCAUCGACGUGCCGGGCGUGCGCUUGCCCCGUGGGUACUACUUUGGGACUUCUUCUGUCACUGGAGACCUGUCAGACAACCAUGACAUCAUUUCGCUGAAGCUUUACCAGCUAACGGUGGAGCGGACACCGGAGGAGGAGAAGCGGGACAGAGAGGUGUAUCUGCCAGUUGUGGACAACCUGAAGCUGCCGGGAAUGGAGGCACCGCUGGAGCCCAUGAGCGGCCUGGCUCUCUUCUUAAUCGUCUUCUUCUCCCUUGUUGCCAUUGUUUUUGCCAUCGUCAUUGGAGUCAUCGUCUACAACAAGUGGCAGGAGCAGAGCCGGAAACACUUCUAUUGACUUGGGAACCCCCCCCGGGAUGGCCCGUUGCUAGUCCUUGCUAGCCACGUCCUGACUCUCACCCGUCCCAGACUGGCCAGAACGUGAUGGACUGACCCUCAUGGCAGGGACCCUCAUGUUCCCCCCCCCAAAAACCCCAGCGGGGACAUCCGCCACUUCUUAUCGAGCUCCAGAACUCCCAUGCUGCUCCCAGUGGGAGCAGGGAUCCUUGGCGUGGCGUGCAAUGGACUGGGAGCUGAGCGCUGCGGGGAUGGACCUGCUGUCCUAUGGAGGAGCUUUGCUUUGUGAGUCGUUUAGGAGGAUGGGCUGUACCGUGGGGUGCCGGUGGCGCCGAGCCAUCUCUCUGCUGUACGGGGAGCCCAAAUGCGGGCAGAAGUCACCACCUCGGCUGUGAAACCCCGGCUGAGAGGGAUGCCAGCGAGCACCUGCUUUCCUCACCAGACUCCUACUAGUCCUUGCAGCGUUACCAUAAUCCUCGCAACCCCUCGUCUUGAGCAGUUUCAUUUCCAGGAGGGAUUUUCCAAGCUGUUCAUCCCGCUCCAGCUGCUUUCCAUCGCCUGCCCUUAGGCUGUCUUUGGAGACCAGACUGCUUUUCUUUAUACUUUGAAUUCCCCCGCCGCUGUGCAACCCCUCUCUGUCCCACUUGUCGCCGAGGUUUGGUGUUUUGGGGCAGGGAAUGCUGAUGGUUUUCCCCGGUGACAAGGUAGGUCGAGCUGGGAACCUGCCUGGCUGCUGGGCUCACCCCUUGGGGAGCAGCCGGUACCCUCCGUGAAGCCAACCUGGGGCAGCCCCUCGCUGCAGACCCCUCCUCGGUUUGGGCUGUAAUGCUGGGUUCCCCAUCAUUCAUAACCAUUUGCUGCUACGUCUCGGGGCUCGGUCCCUCUCCCCGCUCCGUAGGGCCGCUGCUGAGCAUGCCGCCGCCUCCGCACGCCUCCCGUCCCGGCGCGGCCUCCUGCACCGGUGCUGUUUGCAUGUCGUGUCGUGGCUUUUGGCAGCUUUCCCCUCGGUGCUCGCUGCAUCCCGGGGCCCCUCCGAGGAGGAGCUGAGCCUCGUGGGGCGAUUCCCCUGCCUCUCGGAGCCGGAGCUCUCGCUGCCUUUCAGGGAGUCGUAGUUUAUUCCUACCUCAGUGACUGCUUUGGUCAAUGAUUUCUCUGCGUUUCUCUUGCCGGUCAUCGCAGCCACCUUCACCCCCCCGGGACCCCAUCGAUCGCUUGCGGGGUGAUGGUACGGAGGCUGCAGGGUCCCCAGAGGGACCCAGGAGAGGGAGAUAUUAAGUCAGUUUGUCCCAGGGGAGUCUUAGUGGCUCUGGGGACAUCAAGAGGGCAAAUCUGCCGCUCCGCCAGCCCCAUCAUUAGCAGUGCCCUCCUCGCCGGUGUCCUGGGGAGCUGUGUCCUUGCCCCGCAGCUUUCCAGAACACUCACACCCAGGACGGAUCCCUGUGGGGGUCCCACUGGUAUCCGGGUGCGGGGGGGGGGGGGGGGGCACACGUGCCCAGCCUUUUUUGGCAGGAUGCUGUUGCUGGGUUAGGUGGGAGGUUUUUUUCAAGUGCCCAAUGGUGGUUGUGGCAUGAAAGGAGAGUUUUUCUGGUCUUUUGCCUCUUUUUGCCUGAUAACCAGGAGUGAAACACGCGCCUCUCCCUGGAGCUGUAACUGGUGUCUUGGAAUAAACAUUGGUGUGUGUGUGUGA